ACUCGUUCCUCUUCUCUUCUCCCUUCGGACGCGAAGAAAAGAAACCCUCGGUCCUUCACAAAGAGAGAAGGGGAGAGAAAAAAAAAUAAAUUCAAAACCUCCCCCCCAAACCCCUCGUCCACCGCCGCCAUGGACAGGGCCCCGCCGCGCGGCGCUCCUCGCGACGCCGUCGGCCAGCGGUGGCUCACCGUCUUCGCCUUCCAGGCCGCGCUCUCGGUCGCCGCCUCCGUAAUCCACCUCGCGGUCUCCCCGAGCCGCCGCCACCCUAACCUCGGGGUACCCCCGGCCUUCCUCCUCGGGCUGCACCUGCCCCUCUCCUGCGCCGCCACGGGGCUCCUCGCGCUCGCCUUCCUCAUCUCCGCCUCGCCCCACCCCGGCCAAUCGCCCGUACCGAAGGUCGCCCUCGCGGCCUCCCUCUUCGCUUCGGCCGGCGCGCUAUGCGUGGCCGCCGCGGCGUCUCUGGUCCCCAAGGACGCCGGAUGGGCUGCCGUCGCUGGGCUGGGAUUCCGCGGCGCUGUGUUGGGCGUGGUGUUCGCCGCUCACUACUUUGGGCGUGGGAGGUGGUUGCUCCAAUUCCCCGUCGUGCAGAGACCUAUGUUCUAUGGAUUAAAGAUGGGGCUUCUACCUUCUAUUAAAAGGGCUCUAAAGAUGUCGCUUCAGGUCUUCUUGCUUUCACUUGUCCUGAUUCUUAUUCUUCCUCGGCAAUUCAGAAUGGGAGGAUCCAUUGGAAGUCAAAUUAUCACCCAAAUCGCUAUUUUUAUAGUGACUACAGGUGUUUCCUUCUGUUGGGAAAUAAGCCAUCAUUUUGUCCAGGUUGUGCAUACAAGACGAUGCAGUUUUACUCCACCUCAGAGCUCUGCUGCUGCAGAGACUAAUCCUACCGAUUAUAUCCUCGAGACAUUGGAACUAAGUAAUCCACGUUCGCUGAUGCAAUAUCUUGCAUUCCAAGAUUUGUGUGCAGUAUCUGAAUGCAACAUUGAACCUUGGCGUCGAGGUGCCUUCUUUGAGGAGUCUGGUGAAACUUACAAAAGAAUUGUGACAGCCUGUUUGAAGCCACUUGAGGACUUCACUUCAAAAAUUGCUGAAGCACUUGAAGGGUUUACUAGUGAAAGGCCAGAACUAUUAUUACAACAGUCUAAGCUCUAUGGUGCAUUUAGUGAUUCACAGAUAUGCUCAUGGUGUGCUCGGACAUUGGCGACAUUAACUGCGCGCUCACGACAAGAGGAUCGCUAUGGAGUUGCUCAACUCACUGGCUGCAAUGCUGCUGUGAUGUCUACUUUGCUGUCUGCUCUAGUUGCGGUUGAAGCAUGUUUAGGGAAGAAAACUAACCCACAACCUGCGCACUCACUGGGUCCAGCAAGCAUUAAGUGGGGUAAUAACUUCUCCACUGCAAGAAAAGGCAAUGUAACUGCCAUCGCAAGCACACAAAGAGGUGGUCUGCACACUAAAGCUCAUUCAAUGGCUGAUGUUUUCCGGACUUCAAUUUAUCAGAUAGUCUCAGCCUUCUUGGAUGACAUGCGGGCAAAUGCAAAAGCUUCGAGUUUGGAGAAGAAUUGGAUCAGUGAAGGAAGAAAACCUAUACAUGGUUCACGUGCUGUGUUGGUUCAGAAGUUGAGCUUGUUUAUUGAAUACCGAGCUGUCUGAACUCUGUGUGAUGUCUCUCAAAUCGACAGUCUGUUGGGAUGAAGGAAUUUUGUUAUUGGCCAAAAUGCUUGUUUCAGUGAAGUUUGGAGCUGCUGACACUACUAUCAUCUCAUUGAGGUCAAGGAAUAUUUGUUUCGGCACUAUGAUCCACUGGCGAAAAAUCAUUUUCCAUUCCCCAUCUUUUGGAGAACAAGAAGGGCCAUGACCUGUUAUUAUUGUGAUUUCUUGCAAAACCAAUCUCACUAUUUUUCAAUUGUUUGAAGCAUUACGCUAGCGAAUGGAAAAUUAAGCUCUCAAUUUUGCAUGGUACUCGAGAGGUGUUAGUAUGUUGCUGUAGUAUGGGGGAAUGCCGAAAUGUUUUGGGCUAUCAGUCCACUUGAUUGGCUUGUCAGAAUGGUCAUACUUGCACUGUAACUUAUUACGCAGUAGUGCUAGUCAAGAUCGAAUGAUUUUCUUUA